UACAUAACCAUCUUUAACUUCAAGAACACCCAGCUAGCUAGCCAUGGCGAUGAUGAUCACUACCAAGUUGGCCAUCUUGGUUCCCUUCAUCUUAUGGGUCGUCCUAAUCCCAUGUAUGUACUCUAUUCCCCCCCCCCCCCCCCCCCCCACCCCCACCACCACCUUUGUUAGUAAUUAAACGCGGUAUAUAAUUCACGAUUGAACAUUUCACAACCGCUCGUAUUAUAUUGGGAUCAAACUGGUUCUUGACAUGGUAUCAGAGCCUUUUGUUACCGAGAGGUCUUGUGUUCAAUUCCCGAUGACCUGACCCCAUCUGUUUCCCAUUUCUGUUAAGCACAUGGUGCCCGGACACGGUAUAUGAUUCACGAUUCAACCUCUCCUAACAACUCGAGUUAUUGGGAUUCCCUGAUUGCAGGCCUUCUGCAUUCAAGCGAAUCGGCGAGAACGAUUGCUCCUAGUCUACGGGGAAACAACGACGGUGAUGCUCCAUCAUCAACGGCUCCCAGCGAUUCCAGCGACACCACAGAUCAUCAUCAUCGUCGUCAUCUCAGAUACGAAUUUCGGAAUACUUUCAUUUUGUUUUUUAUUUUAUUUUUAUUAUCAGGUUUGAUCCAAGGCCGAUGCUGGAACACCCGCAGGAACCACCGUCUGCAGCACCGAUCUAGCCGCGACAACGGAGGAACGGCUGCAGUACUACCACUCGCUGUUUACGGACCUCGUGCAGCUUCUUCCGGCAGCAACAACAAGUUGUAAAGUUGUAUCAUAACAUAAUGGCACAAAUUGCUUUAUAGUACAACCUAAACUUAUACACUUAAUGUUAUGAUACAACUUUAAGUUGUACAUUAAAGCACUAAUGCUAUAUAGCAUAUAUAUAGUAGAAGUGGAGCAGUUGUACAUUAAAGCACCAAUGCUAUAUAGCAUAUAUAGUAGAAGUGCUCCAUUAAUAAUAGGAUUCAUCUAAUUGUUGUUUCCAAGUAGUUAUGUCCGGUAAUUUCGUCUACUUUUACUAGUUUUUUAUCCGCCCGUUGGGCGAUGCAUUAUAUUUGAUCAUUUUAUAAUUCGUUAUAGUAUUCUAAUUGUUAUUAUUAUUUAUAUUUGUUGAUUUAAUAUACAUGAAAUUUUAAAUCUCACUUACAUUAUUUAGGUAAUGUUUCAUACUUUUAUACCUUUUUUAUUUAUGAAAAAUGUAAUUGUAUUAACUGAGCUCUUUGUAGACCGUUCUUUAUCGAUUUAAAAUUUAGUAUCGAACUCAAAAAAGUGAUAAAGAAUUUAAAAAAUUUAAGGUAAAAAACGAAGAAGUUAGAAUAAGAAAAUAGGAUUCAAUUAAUAAAAAAAAUAAGUGAAGAGAUUUUCAUUUUAUUUCCCUUCUCCUAUGUCGGUAUAUGAUAAUAGAGAAUUAAUCGUGUAUUAUCAGUUACACCUGCAAUUCUUGAAUAAUGAUGAAACACAUUAGCAUCCACAUCCAUCAAUCUUCUGCAUACUCAAUUAAUUUAUCUUGUCAAUGUUCUAGCAAAACUAACCAAAAACAGAACUAUCAGUUGUCACUAAUUUAUUAAAGCAAUAUUUUCAGCAAACUAAACUGCAUAUAAACACAAUUUAUAAUUUAUAGAGAGCUCCUAAAGAAAAAAAUGGUGCUUUUUACCUAAUACCAACAUAGACAAAUAAUGAAAGGAGCAUACUUCAAUACAACUCAACUCAUUCUAUAUUGCAGAUUCCUAAUUUGUGAACUGAAUCUAUGCACCAAUCAAAAUAGUAGUAGGUAAGAAAACAAUCAUGUCAAAAUCAAGUUUUAGUUAAGGAUUUAAUGAGGAAAAAUUCACCCUAAUGAAACAAACAAAUGUCAUUACAAACGUGUAGAAAUUGAAACAAACAUCAAAAUAUACAACCGAGGAACCACCACCAUCAUUUUCUUUCUUCGCGACCUUUAUAAAACCCUCAAUUAUGUUCCCUUCUGCUUGUAAUCCUUUUGCUACCUACUAAUUACUAACCAGAUCAUCAUCUUAUAGCUAGUAGCAUGUCAAUCAUGAACAUAAGGAAUAUAAUGAACAACCCUCACAACUCUACUUUCCAUUUCAACAUCUAAGAAAUCGGGUUGCAAUAGGCAUUUAAGGAAAAGAUCAAUUAUUCAACCAAAGGAGAUAUGCCUUAAGUCCAACCAAUUAUCCUUUGCUAAUUAUAUAUUACCUAUUUACAUAAAAGUAUAUGACGUAAUAGAGAACAUAAAACAACUCUGUGAAAACGAAGAAGAAAUACAUUCGCUUAUCGAGUGGGGAAAUUUACCAUCCAGCAGUUUUAAUUUGGAAGAAAUUAAGAAAAUAAUGAAAAAAAGAGUGAGUAGUUGCCAGCUUCAGAUCAAGGAGGAAGAGGGAGCAGUCGACAAUCCUUGGUUUGGUUCACCUCGUCUUCGCAAUGAUAGGAUGAACUGCUUUCAUUAACAUGCAAAAAUAUGUUACAACUGCUCAAAUUUCUGCCAUCUAAUCGUGCCUCGUGUACCUCCCCCCUCCUAUUCUUCUACAAAGAAAAAACAACCUUCAUAUGCAUUACCAUUUCCUUAUCUAUCUAAUUUCUUAUUUUCAAUGUUGGAUUUUAUUUCUAGAGAGACAAUAAAAUGGAAAUGAUAGAAAUAAAUUAAAAGGUUGCAU